AUGAGUUACAGAGAAGAUAGAAUAAUAUGUACCUUCUAUACCAAGAUAGGUGCAUGUAGACACGGAGAGAAAUGUUCAAGAAAACAUGUUAAACCAUCAUCUUCAGAUACAAUCUUGCUUCCAAAUUUAUAUCAGAACCCAAAGCUUAAUAAGAACGAUGGCGAAGAAUUAAACCCAAAACAAGUCCAGGAAUACUUCGAUCAUUUUUAUAAAGAUAUAUUUCUUAAGUUUGCAUUAUUUGGUGAGGUCUAUUCUAUGGUGGUGUGUGAAAACGAUAAUAAUCAUUUGAACGGAAAUGUAUACGUUAAAUUUGCCAACGAGGAUUCAGCCUACAAUGCUGUAAUGCUUCUAAAUCAAGAGUGGUUUGGAGGACGUCCGGUGCACUGUGAGUUAUCUCCAGUAGAGAGUUUCCACGAUGCCAAUUGUAGGGCAUAUGAAAGUUCUACGUGUAAUAGAGGCGAUCACUGUAAUUUUAUGCAUAUACACAAGCCAACCCCCCAACUUAAGUCCAGUCUAUUCAAAAGUCAAGAGAAGAGUACAUUAACGAAACAACUACAACUUUUACGAGGAGAAUUGACUGGUAGCCUGGAAAACGAAAAUGUCCAACAAGAUGCUGCUGGCGAACAAAUUUCCAAACCUGCUGAAACCACUUCCACAGAAACAGUUGAAAAACUCUUUGCAAGUAGCAUACCGUCACAUAUAUAG